AUCAAAUCAUGGUUAGGCGAAAAGGGAUAACACGAUAUAAUUUUCGAUAAUAUGAAAGAAAAAUAGUACUAGAGACUAUCGUUAUCCGCGGGGGGUACGUAUGGAGGAACACAGCGGAUAACGAGAAACGCGGGUAGUAGGUAACAUCUUGAAUUUCAGGCUUCGAAACCUGCAUACCAAUCAGACACUUUCUGUAUCGUAUAAGUCUAUGGUCAAUGUCAUGAAUGUAAAGUACACAUAUUUCAGGGUUUUUUUUCCAAUAAGAAAAAUACAAUGUACGAACAUACAUAAAGUUUAUUCCAUGCCGGAUUCCCACUCUCCUAUAGAACUUAACUGGGGGGUGGAGGCAACCGCGGAUGAGUGAAAACGGAUGAUAAUGAACAUCUACAGUAAUGGUUUUUGAUAACCUCUUCCAAAAAGUCGGGCAAAACAUAUGAUUUAUUUACAUUUACUCAUUUUAGUGAGUUUACGUUAGGUCAUAGUUUGGGCGGAUAUGACUGAUUUCUCAUCGAUAUGCGUUAGUUUGAAGUUAUUUUUUAGCGAUUCGGACUGUGAGAGCGAGGAAAACAUUCUGCUCGAUUAUGUAGACGAAAAGAAGAACAAUUUGGACUUCAUAAGCAAAGCAACGUCGAAGAAGUGGUACGUUUUGGCCUUGUACAGCAUGACUUCAUUUUGCCAGGUGAUUGUAUGGAAUACGUGGAGUCCUAUAGCUAAAUCUGCGCUUUAUGCCUUUCCGACCUGGCGAGAAAGCACAAUCGCAUUACUUAAUAACUGGGGAAGUAUAACUUUCCUGUUCUUCAUAGCACCUUGUUGUUGGCUAUUAAAAGAAAAAGGGCUGAGAACAUCGUUUGUACUCUCCUCAUUCCUGUGCAUGUCGGGAUCGGGAAUCCGUCUUUUGACGACAAAAGAGGAGCUUUUUACACUUUUUGCGCAUUUCGGCGCGAUACUCAACUCCAUCGGAGGUGUCAUCCUUUCUCCUGCCAUCGUCCAGCUCUCUUCGACUUGGUUCCAACCAAACCAAAGAACGUCCGCGACAGGCAUCGGCACGUCCCUGUCACUUUUAGGAAUUGCAGGCAGUUACUUAAUUGGCCCGUUCGUCGUGAAUGAGCCUUCCGCAUUUGAAGAUAAACUGCAGCUUUCGUCCGGACGAACUUUAAUACGUCAACAGAUCCUACAAUAUCUCAUUAUGUGUUUUGCAAUGGAACUGCUAUUGUUUCUCUUGAUUUUGUUCACGUUUCCGGAUAAACCUAAAGUACCAGCUAGCAGAUCGUCCAUUUUGAGAAUGACUCAAGAAUCUCCUUUUCUCAAAGCGAUCAAAGGGACACUAAGCAAUUUAGAAUUUUGGAAACUGUCUUUAGCGAAUGGACUUUGCUCAGGAAUAUCUGGACCAUGGCUAUCGCUUCUAACAAUAAUUUUCGCCCAAACAGGAAUUUCACAGAAAGAGACGGCACAACUAGGUUUUUGGACAAUUAUCUGCAGUUGCCUCAUGGGUUUGUCCGUAAGCAAAGCUUCAGAUCUCCGACCCGGGCAUAUAAAGACGAUCCUUAUUGUCCUAAUGGCGUUUUCCGAUUUUAUGUUCAUAUGGAUACUCCUUUUGACGACAAGAACGUUGGAAUUCAACAAAGGUACUUUUUCGAUAGUUGUAAUCGGCGGGCUGUCGGUUCUUUGGGCUUCACCGGCCCUCUACUACGAGCUGGCUGCCGAGGUCAAUUACCCGAUUUCCGAAGAAAUCACCGCCGGCUGCAUGAUGGCCAUAUCAAAUUUCUGCACAUGCUUGAUUUACGCAGAGCUUUACAUAUUUCCAAGAGCGAAUGUCGGCUGGAUGAAUUAUUGUAUGGUCGUCUUUGGACUCAUAGCUUUGUUUCUGUUAAUAUAUGUCAAAGGAAAUUACAAAAGAUUGGUCUUAGAUGUCGGAAAACAUUAAACACACAUCUUACCACGUCAGCGUUUUCUAGUUUAAUU